AUGUUUUUCUCACAGCAUAAUGGUAGUGCAGGAGGUGCUGCUGGUAGAAAUACUCUGGGAUUUCCAAGCGCGUUUAUGAAUUCGCAGCCACAACACCAUUCAUCUUCUAGUAAAUUUGAUCUUGAUAAUGCCAUAGCGCAAAUGGUACCCGAGGCUAGGCAUUCACGAAGAUCUAUGAAUCAACAACAAGGUCACCAGGCGCAGCAAAAGAAGUUACCCAAUAAGCAAACAUUUGGUGCUUAUACGCAACAUCAUCAGUCUUCUUUCCAACAUCAGCAACGUCAGAGUUCAAAUAACCUAUUUAACCAAGGUCAGCAGCAAUUUCCCCAUGCACAGAGUUCAGAUCAGAUGCAGAUUGAUCCUCAAGGCCGACAGCAGCAUACCUCUGCUUUUCAGAAUUAUCAAAGCUCACAGCAGCAGCAGCCACAGCAGCAGCAGUCUCGAAAAUCUAGACAUGCUCAAAAACACCCACAUCGUAUGACGAAAGGACCACAACAAAACGGCUUCAAUGAUAGCAGCAUGUCGGAUGCCCCGCAACAACUACAACAAUAUCGAUCUCAACAAAAAAAUCAUAGGCAAUUACAGCCGUCAGCCUUCUUAAAAAAGCAACUGACACAGCAAUUAUCAUCAUUCCCUAUUAACAAACAGACGCAACAAUCGCAACAGGAAGAGUUUGCACAACCCAUGGAGGAAGACAUGCAAGAGCAAAGCCCCUCUCCUUUAACAAUGAAGCCUUCAAUUCCUCAAAGAGUAUAUUUUCAGCAACAACAGCAGAAAACUUCUCCUUUCAUCAAAAAAUCCUCGACGCCUCAGCAAAUACCAUUAGAUCAGCAGCCACAGUCCUCUUCUUUUAUUCAUUUCAAAGAACCAUCACAUUUACAACGAGUACAGCAACAACAGCGACCUCCCUUUCAGAAACAAUCGAAACCUGUAUUCACUUUGCCUUCUGCUGAUGCCGCUACUGCUUUACAGUCACCUUUUAGUGAGCCUUCGCAAUCACAUAUGCAGCAACGAUCAACACCCAUCGCUACCACGACCCCAGUGCAAAAAAAAAAGAAUGCCCUCAAUAAAGCCUCUUCAACAAGAAUACAAUCUCCUGCGAGCUCAACAUCUCUAAGCAGCGCAAAUAAUAACAAUGGAAAAGUAACAGCAGCAGAUAGAGCUAAAAGAUUCGGUGGAACAGCCAAAACGUCACUUUAUGAACAAUUCAAAAAAGAUCGAGUUCGUGAAAGAGAGCAAGCUAUUCGAGAUGGUUUAAUCCCUGAUCCAGAAAACCCUACGCGUCUAGAAGAUGCAAUUGAUUUCCGUGGUACUUGCGAGGAUAAAUGCCCAGAAUUCGAAAUGAUAGAAAGAGAGAUUCAGAAUGGUCUUGAUGCACUUGAAACGGAUGAUUAUGGUAAUGCCGAUCCUGAUAAAGUGGUGAAAGCCUAUAGAAGGUCAGCUGCGGGUAACGAACAACCACUGCCAUCUGAUGUUAGAUCUCCUACCGCUCUUGUGGCAACAUUAGAUUAUUUGAUAGAUGAAGUUUUAUCGAACCAACCAUUAGAAAAGUGCCAUGCUUUCAUUCGUGAUAGAACAAGAUCUAUCCGUCAAGAUUUUACACUGCAAAAUAUCCGGGAUGUUACAGCCGUUCAUGUGCACGAACGAGUUGCCCGUUUUCAUAUCCUAUGUUUACAUGAAAUGUGUGAAUACGAUGAAAGUAAAUUCAGUGAACAGCAAGAAAUAGAACAACUUAGAAAAGUUUUGCUCAGUUUGAUGGAAUUUUAUGAUGAUCUUCGUGAAGAAGGCAUUGAAACAGAAAAUGAAGCUGAAUUCCGCGCUUAUCACCUCAUUACCCAUAUUCGUGAUCAAGAUUUAAUGCGACAAGCUCAGACCUUACCCAUUCAUGUGUUUAAGCACCCUUAUAUGAAACGUGCGUUAGAAUUUCACGCACUUGCCCAGAGAAACAAUGAAAUUAUGGAAACAUCUUCGCGUAAAAACAAGUUUCUAAAUGUAGAAGCGAGUCAGAAUAACUAUACUGGUUUUUUCAAGUUAAUUGCAGAUAAGGAUACUCCGUUUUUGAUGGCGUGUUUGUUGGAAUGUCAUUUUGCUGAUAUUCGAAAAGGUGCCUUGAAGGCAAUGAAUUUGUCUUAUAUGAUCAAAGCAGGAGGUGUAGAAGCAGAAGAUGUACGAAGAGUCUUGGCUUACGAUACGAUGUCCCAUUUGUUGGAAGAAGCAGCUUUGUAUGGUUUGGUGAUUGAUAUGUCGCUGGGUGAACCUACAAUUUGUUUUGGUCAAAAGCACUAUCGCACAAAAACUGCUGUUUUUAAAGAACCGUUAUCCAAUCCUUCACAAAAGAAAUCAUUAUCCUUGGUGGAACCAAAAAAGGGUGGCCGUACCUUCAAGCAGAUUAUCAAUGGUGAUGCGUUCAACAACAUCAACACAACACCGCGGACGUCGCUUCAGCUCUCGAACAUGUUUGUACAGUAUAACAGCGAGCAGCGACCUGUCGAAAUUAAAGUGAAGUUUACUGAUUUGACAGGUUCACCGCCUAAACGAAUUGGUAAAACCGUUUCUACAAACAAUAAUCAGCAGUCGACUAAGAACGAAAAAGAAGAGUUAGAAAGACUGAAAAAUCAAGUACAAAGCAUGGAAGCAGAAGUAGAGCGUGAAAAGCAGCGAAUGGCUGAGUUGGUCAAAGUGAGAGAAGAACAGAUGAGAUUGAGAAAGGAACAAGAAGAGAAGGUAAAGGUAGAAGAAGAACGUCAACGUCAGGAGCAGCUUCAGCGUAAAGCCGCUGCUGCUGCUGCUGCUGCUGCUGCUGAAGAAGAAGAAGAAAAAGAAAGAAAAGAACGUGAAAUAAGCGAGGAACAGCAACGAAAAGCAGCCGCCAUGCAAGAAGAACUUCAACAACAGGCUGCUAAGGAUGAAAUGAUUGCCUCUUUACGCCGUAAAGCUAUUGUGUCGAAAACAGUCAACCACUUAAGAAACACCUUUAUAGAGAAUUUCAUUGCCGAUGCAGCAAGACAAAGAUUACAAAAGAUACUUCGUACCCGUCAAUUAAUUCGCUGGCGAAUGAGGUCUAAAUUAGCGGAUGUACGUGAAAGGAUUUCAAAACGUAAAAUUAAAAUAUCACAAUGGCGCAGACAGUGGGAGUUGGAUCAUAAAUCAUCAUUUGUGUUGAAGAACCCAUAUUCAGCACUACCUAAACAGCUUGCAAAAAGCAAAUGCUUACAGCUGACAUCGACAGAAAUUCAGCAAAGAGUAGAACAUUGUUUAGAAGCAGAAGAAAUAGCAGUGGAAUUAUAUGAAGCGAAACCGAACAAGAACAGCGAGGAGCAUAUGGCAAGUGUUUGGCAAACGGAAAAAUUUGCUUUCAAUAAUAUAUACCCUCGUAUCAAUGAUAAAUUUGAACGUUACAAGCAGCAACUUCAAACCAUUACUGGUACUACCACAGAAGAUAAUGUCAGGAUUAAUUGGGAAUUACUUAUCCACGUUGCUGACACCCGACUUGAAUCUUCCGGUUGGUUUAAGCGCAAGUUUGGCUUGGAUAAUACGACUUUACAACGAUGCGAUCGAUAUGUUACAUGCGAUAUCACACUUAAGAUGAUGACACCAGUAACUGAAUUAUAUGAAAUUCAAGCACUUCAUACCAAAGCUAUUAUCUUUUCGUUACCUGAACAUGAAUCGCACAAGAAGUCCUGCAGCGAAAUUGAGGAUUAUUGGACAAUUAAUCGCAUUCAAUUAAAGGCGCUAUUAGAUAAACUUGAUCAAUACCAUCCUGGUGUAAAGCUUCCUAUUGUAUUCACAUUUUUCCCAGAUAAUACCCCGAUUGAACAGAUACCAUACUUAUUGGAUCUCAAUAAUUCAGACAAGAUCUCUGACUGGCAUAUUUUACUUAUGAAUCCUUUGACUAUUCCUCAGAGAAUCUGUGAAGAAGUGAACUGGUUGGCCAAGAAAGCUUAA